UUUAAAUGAAUAUAGAUGAAAGAUAAGAUUGUUAAAUCUGUAUGGUAUUGGCAGAAUGGAUUAGAGAGACCGUUGACCGCCAACGAGAGCAGAGAGCUGGCGAGGGAAUGGCGGGCUAGACAAGGGGUGACAGGAGUGGAGGAGGUGAAUUAUACAGACCAGGAAUAUGAAGAUAGUUCAGACUGUGAGGGACUUCCGGUCGAAGUCCCUAAAGUUAAUAGAUACAGACGACGAGGUCCGCGACGAGUGACUGCUAGUAGUGAGGAAGGAUCAACGGAUGAUACUGAAUCUUUAUCUGAUAGUUCAGAUAGUGCAGACGAGGAGAUUAGAGAGAUUGAGAGAAGAGAUAAUAAUCCCUUUAACACUAUGUCAAUACCAAAGAUAAUUGUUGAGCCUAACUCCCCACUAGUCAAUAGAAAAGAUCCACCCUCAAAGUAUAUUCAUCAAGCUGUUCCACUGACAGGACCAACACCACCAGGUACUGCUCUGUACAAGCCUAGUCUGACCAGUUUAUCUAAAUAUCAGUACAUAAAACAAUUUAUAUUAUUAAUUAUGUACUGUAAAGGUACUGCUCUGUACAAGCCUAGUCUGACCAGUUUAUCUAAAUAUCAGUACAUAAAACAAUAUAUAUUAUUAAUUAUGUACUGUAAAGGUACUGCUCUGUACAAGCUUAGUUUGACCAGUUUAUAAAUAUCAGUAAUUAAA